AUGGUGCAAAUUAGCGAAGUGAAGGAUAACAACACGAGGGACUCGAGAACCGCUGCACACACACACAUCAAAGGUCUCGGAUUGGAUGAGCGUGGGCUGGCAAGACCUGUUGAUUCUGGGUUUGUUGGCCAGACAGAGGCGAGGGAAGCCGCCGGCGUCAUAGUGGACCUGAUCAAGGCGAAGAAGAUGAGUGGUAAGGCCAUUCUGCUUGCCGGUGGGCCAGCCACCGGUAAGACAGCGAUUGCGUUGGCCAUCUCGCAGGAGCUGGGCCCAAAGGUGCCUUUUGUUCCGAUCGUUGGGUCUGAGUUGUACUCUGUUGAGGUGAAGAAGACCGAGGCGCUGAUGGAGAACUUCAGACGCUCCAUUGGGUUGAGGAUCAAGGAGACCAAGGAGGUUUACGAAGGUGAGGUGACGGAAUUGACACCAGAGGAGGCUGAGAACCCGCUGGGAGGCUACGGCAAGACCAUUUCGCAUGUUAUUGUCGGGUUGAAGUCCGCAAAGGGGACAAAGACCUUGAGAUUGGAUCCUACAAUCUACGAGUCCAUCCAGAAGGAGAAAGUCACCAUCGGUGAUGUGAUAUACAUCGAGGCCAAUACGGGCUCCGUGAAGCGUGUUGGUAGAUCGGACGCGUAUGCAACAGAGUUUGACCUGGAGGCUGAGGAGUACGUUCCAUUGCCAAAGGGUGACGUCCAUAAGAAAAAGGAGAUUGUCCAGGAUAUCACCCUCCACGACUUGGAUGUGGCCAAUGCUCGCCCACAAGGAGGUCAAGAUGUCCUGUCAAUGAUGGGUCAGCUGCUCAAACCUAAAAAGACUGAAAUUACAGAGAAAUUACGCCAGGAGGUGAACAAAGUCGUGCAGAAAUACAUCGACCAAGGUGUUGCAGAAUUAGUACCAGGUGUAUUGUUCAUAGAUGAAGUUCAUAUGCUCGAUAUUGAAAUUUUCACCUAUUUGAACAGAGCUCUAGAGGCUACAAUUGCUCCAAUUGUCGUUUUAGCUUCAAACAGAGGUAUGACCACAGUAAGAGGCACAGAAGAUAUCAAGGCCCCACAUGGAAUCCCACCAGAUCUCAUCGAUCGUCUCUUGAUCAUCCGUACACUACCAUACUCCACAGAUGAGAUCAAAAUUAUCAUUGAAAAACGUGCACGCGUGGAAAACUUGCCAAUUGAACAAGAAGCACUGGAUAAGUUGGCCUUGGAAGGUAGUAAGACUUCUCUACGUUAUGCCAUUCAGCUUCUCAGCCCAGCUGGUGUGUUGUCGAAGACCUUGGGUCACAACGAGAUCCAGGCUAGUGAUAUAGAUGAUGCCAAAGACCUGUUCUUGGACGCAAAGAGAAGCGCAGCUGUCUUACAGACCACAGAAGGGUUCCUCUGA